GAACCCAAGCACUCAACUGUCAACAUGAUAUCGUCCAACGACCGUACGUACAACUCAGACUGGAAGAACGAAGAGGCUCAAUACAUUACAUUGUAAUGGUUUGGUUGAUCUUUACCAGUCCAGCAACUACUUAAUACCUUCAAGGACUUUUAAUCCGAAGGAACGAAUCCUUCAGAAGCAUCAGCAUUCUUCUGAACAAUAACUAUAGGGUUUUCUUCCACCACAUUCCUCUGGCUACCUCACAGUUUACGUCUUUUGAAACAUACUCUUCGAUCUUUUACAGCAUUACAACAAUUCUAGAUUCCUGGAUAGUCUCUAGGCUUCUUCCACAUUGUCUUGCACGAUGGCACCACCAAUGUUGAACGGUAUGGAUUCCAGCGACUCUGCAACAAGUCCUGCAGAACGCUAUACCACUCCUACUACUUUAUAUUCAUGGAGACCUCCGUCGCCGCCCCAUAUCCACAUACCACCCCUCUCCGGUCUAGAUACUUCAAUCACUUUAUCAAAAUAUCGCGGACUAGAUGAUGAACAAGAGACUCGAGAAAUAUUGAGUGUGAUUACACAAGGACAAAACGUAGCCGUGGAAAAACCGGAUUGGAAAUAUGAAAUGCGACGCCAUAUUCAAGCAAUCUUAUCCUUCCUUUAUCUCGGACCAUCCUCUGGUGCGAGAGAUAUCGAAACUCUGAGACAAGAAGGAAUCACAAUGUUACUCGUAAUUAGAGAUACCAAGACAGCAUUAGCAAGAAUCUUGAGUGGUGCAAAGGUAGCACAGCAAUUAGGGAUUGAAGCCGGUGCCAUUGAUGUCAGCGGUAACAUGGAACUCAUUGCCGCGUUUCCAAAAGCCAUACAGACCAUAAAUGAUCAUCUCAUCCGUGUAUUCAGACACCGGAAUCCUCAAGGAGUAAACAGCCAAACUUUGGCUGCAACACCAAAAGUUCUUCUGUUCUGCGAAUCUGGAAAUGAGCGAUCUGCUGCUGUUGCUGUAGCAUACAUCAUGGCGACUUAUGAACUAGGACUCAUCGAAGCCAUACAAUAUGUACAAAACCAGCGGUUCUGUAUAGCUUUUGACGAUGAGAUGAAACAUACUUUACUAAAUUUCAAUCAACUCCUGGAAGCCAGAAGAAGUGUCACCCAAACUCGACAGGCUGAGGCAACUGUAUCACAAAAGUCAAAGAGACGACUUGAGCUGUAUGAUGAUGAUGAUGGCGAUGUAGAUAUGGGCCAAGAGGACGAUCGAGAUAGAUUUUCUGGGCGUACAAAGUUUGCUCCAUUCAUGUAAUGGGGACAGCAAUACACGGCGAGAUUGAUUUCAUGAUCUGUUGAUUUAAGUUUUUGGGUGGACUGGCGUAAAGGUAUUAUAGGGUACUUAUAUUUGUCACAUGGUAGGCGUUCAUCGAUACCCCAAGGCAAAUGCUGAAGCAGUAUAUUUUACAGUAUAAAACAUGAAUUUGAGUAGUAGUCUACGUUUCAUUAUUGUCGUGUUUAGUGUGCUUUAGCUGAAAAGAUCUAAACAAUUGAAGUGCUUGUCUCUAACAAUUUACUUCCUAAAUGGAACAGAAGUCAACGGAAAUAUUUUUAUUCUACUUCCUCCUGCA